UGCGUUGCGAUUAGACGGUGGGGACCAGUAUUUUGUCGUCACGUGUCUGCCGUUUCAUUUGUGCCCGUUCAGUUUCUCAAACUGCACGAAGAAGUCGUACCUCUGCAGGACCCACGCUCACCGCCGCACCUCAUCCACCGAUGCCUCCACGGGUCCCGCUCUCGACUGAAGUUCACCUGGUCUAAUGUUUUCCAACGGAUCAAUUGGGAGAGGAUGCGGCUUCUCAUUUUCGCAACUCUAUUUGGAAUUCAUCUCCAGACAGGCUCAGCUCUGCAGAUCCAGUGCUACCAGUGUGAGGAGGUGAGGCUCAGCGACUGCUCCACGCCCGAAUACAUCGUCAACUGCACCGUCAACGUCCAGGACACCUGCCAGAAGGAGAUCCUGGUCCGGGAGGAUGGUAGGCAAUGUAUCCACUACCGGCAAUCUUGUGCAUCGUCAGCUGCCUGCCUCAUCUCGUCAUCGGGGUACCAGCAGUUCUGCACCGGGAAGCUUCACUCGGUCUGCAUCACCUGCUGCAGCACCCCGCUCUGCAACGGGCCCCGGCUGAAGAAGAGGCCCUACCCCUCAGCCGCCCCCGCCCCCCUCCUGGCCCCCCUCCUGGCCCUGCUGCUGCCCCCCCUCCUCGCUCUGACAUAGACCCUACGCACACCCGCCCACACAACUGAAGUGGCGGACAUUACAAGGUCUCAUUACAGCACAGAUUGUUUUUGAAGGAUGAGUGCUUACGUUGCCUUCUUCAGUCAACCCCCCCUCCCACACACACACACUUAAACACACACACACCUACACACACUCACUGAACCCGCUUACUCAAAUCAAUGAUCCCAGCUCCAGGGAUCUAUGAUGAUUAGCAGUGUGAUGGGUUCAUGCAGGUGAGCAGGGUAAUGCUGCUGGGUCGUGUAUAGAUCUGUCUGGGGGACUAGCCCUGUGGUACCCCGCACGGGG